AUGAGUGGUAGGGUUUUAUCUGCCGCCUCGAGGUCAGCAAAAUCUUCAAAGUCAACGAAUCGCUUCGUGCGCUUUGGGUACAGAAAGCAGAAGCAGGAGCAAAUCACGCUGCCUCAAGCCGCAGAGCAACAUGGCCGUGCUCUCCCGCAAAAGUCAUCCAUUCGUGCCAGAAGCGAUGUUCGAAAGCACAGGGAGUUUGAUUGGGAUCCAAGUUUGAAAGAUGUCAGAACUGUUGACUAUUCUAGCUGGCCAGAAGUUGGAAACUGUCCCGCUCAAUUAGUUCCAGUUUUGUCAGGUCAGGAUCCUAGCAUUAUCCCCAUUCUCAAACAUGGAGUAGAAGCGGUUCUUCGGGGGGACGGCGUGUAUCCACUGGAAGCACCGUGGAUCAAGGCUCGGGGUGUCCAUAAUAACGGGAGGAGGUUGCGCAGGAGAGCGAGCCAUUCAGAGAACGAUCAGUAUCAACUGUAUUACGGGGACUCACUGAGAACAAUCGUUCACCCUGAUCACAUUGCAUGGGAGAACAUACCUGAAUAUAUUCCGGCGGGGAGUGACACAAGGCUUCAGCAAAUCGCGGAGUCUACCGCUAAUGUGCAUUUUUACUCAAGCACGAGUUCAAUAACACCAGCGAUCAGCGCUCUAUAUCAUCUCAUUUCUAACUUUCGGGAUACUGAUCUCCAAGGCAGGCUAUCCUCGCAUAUUUCCGAUUUGCCAACCUACUUUUCAAAGAUGCAUCGGAGACCAGUCGCAUUCACAGUGAAGCGAAAUAGUUUGAAAAGGCGUAUCUAUUCCGUGAACGCGCACUCAGGGCCUGCGACCGGGCCUAGUAUUUUGCGCGAUCUUGGACACUCGAUGGAAAGAAUGCUGACCACUUCCCCGAAUGAAUUCUCUACAAAAUACGUUCGUUCACCGAACGAAAACAGUAGUGUUCAUCACGAUAAUAUGAAUGAAAGCAAAGGUUUGGCGAGCCCGGAUGAGCAAUUUUACAACUAUUCUAAGAUCUCGAAGUUUUUAUUACGAGCGCAAAUUGACUGCCGAAAUGAGAACACUGGCGAAGUUUUCGAUGUGAAAACAAGAGCAGUUGCCCCGAUUCGAUACGAUCUACAAAACUACGAAGCGUUUUCCACGCAUCGCCUCCGCUUCUUGAGAGGUAAGAGAGAUUCUUACGAACGGGAGUUUUACGAUAUGGUGCGCACAGUGUUCCUCAAAUAUGCAUUGCAACUACGCAUAGGCAGAAUGUCUGGAGCUCUUGUCGCUUACCACAACACGUCUGAAAUUUUAGGACUCGAGUACCUUCCUUUGAAGGAAAUUAAUUCAUAUGUUUUUGGAAGCGAGAAGUGGGGGGACAUCGCCUUCGGGACAACGAUGCAUCUGUUGCAAGACGUAUUAGAGAAAAUCACAGCAGAAGUCUGUCAGGGCGAUCCAAAUGAAAACCUGAAGGUCGUGAUGUCGACAGAAUGGUCUCGUCUUCACAUGUACAUCUUCGUUCAACGAGUAGUGGAUGGAGAACAAGACCCGUUUGGACCCUCCGUCUUUUUGGAAAUGGGUGAGAACGACACAUCCCCGGCUGAAAAUGUAACUUCCAAGCAAAAGAAUCUGAGCGGUAUCGGACAAUGGCAUAUGGACUCCUUCUUACAUGCAAACUGGCGUGGUCUAUCCAUGUUAGGGUCCCAUCCUAGCAUCAGCAAGCUAGGCGGUCAUAUGCUGGAGCCAGUCAAAGAAGACGCAGCGCUCCGUUUAGCGAAGAGGCCGCGAUCGGAGACAUAUGACUACUCGAACUAUGAUCUCACCUCUCUGACCAGAGAUCGGUUCCGCGUCUGGGAGCUGAGAGUAGCCCCUCUCGUAAAUGACAAGAUGGCUCCCAGGAAUCUUAUCUGCCUUGGCGAGGAAGAUAGAUUUCGACUGAAGUAUAACUUGAAGGAGGUUAGCGACGUAAAAACCGAGCACGUAGCCAAAUUCAUCACGAGCUUGGGUAGGAUAUAUACCUACUAA